UUUAUAUAAAAGUGUACAACUUGCAGUGGUCAAGCAGUCAGCAGCAAACAGAGAGCGAAAAUAUGGACAGCAAAUUAAUUGUAUUCACUGCCUUGGUAUUGGCUGCCAUGGUGGAACUGCCAACCUUUCCAGGUGUAGAAGCACGAUCCGCUUCGAUCAAAAUGAGUUUCGACAUGAGCGUGUCCGAGGAUCAACAUCGCAUCAAUCCGGAAAUGGUGCGGUUGUGUGCUUUGGAGACUGAUCUGUCGAUGGACGAGCUGCGUAAGUUCAAUGAAAACGACUUCAGCAAUGCCACGAAGAACACACAAUGUUUCACCCAUUGUCUUUACGAGCAUAUGGGAGUGGUGCGUAACGGAGUUUUUGUCGAACGUGACCUCAUUAGUUUGCUGGGCGAUGUUACCGAUCCCAAGCGCAUGUUGGAACGAGAGUGCUUAGGCCAGUAUAGCGACAAUAAGUGCGAAAGAGCUUUCCUCAUUCAUCAAUGCUAUCGUGCUGGGCAACGGAUGAUGAUGCCGUCGAAUCACCAACUUGAGCCAGUGGAUCAAAUAAAUGAGGAAGACAACGCGGAGGAAGAGUCAACUGCAAACUUGUCCAAAUCAGAUAUGGCAAUGACACCAGCGCACCGAAUGGCACCAAAUUCUGAGCGACAGCUCAUGAUAAAAAAAAAUCUUACGAAACGCUUACCUAAAAAGCAAACUAUUAACCAAGGUUUGGAAGAGGAGUAAAUCGAUGUAAUGGAUAUUGAAACGCAUUAAACUAAUUUUUUGGUGAAUAUUUACACUUAUUUUUCAAAGAAAUAUGGAAAUCAAACUGGUGGUGGUUAAUAACAAAUAAAUAAUUU